GGAUCAAUUUAAAUACUUAUUUAACAUGUCUGGAAGAGGAAAGACCGGAGGUAAAGCAAGGGCGAAGGCCAAGACCAGGUCAUCCCGUGCCGGGCUCCAGUUCCCCGUUGGCCGUGUGCACAGACUUCUUCGCAAAGGAAACUAUGCCCAUCGCGUCGGAGCCGGCGCUCCCGUCUACCUGGCUGCCGUGCUUGAGUAUUUGACCGCUGAGAUCCUGGAAUUGGCCGGUAACGCCGCCCGUGACAACAAGAAGACCCGCAUCAUCCCCCGCCAUCUGCAGCUGGCCGUGCGUAACGAUGAAGAGCUCAACAAACUCCUCGGUGGAGUGACCAUCGCUCAGGGCGGUGUGCUGCCUAACAUCCAGGCCGUCCUUCUUCCCAAGAAGACCGAGAAGCCCGCCAAGAAGUAAACUGAAAACCCAUCUACAAUCUACAAAAGGCUCUUUUUAGAGCCACUCAAAUCUACUAAGAGAUAUUCCGUCCAGAAAGUCAACUGAAAUAAUAA